AUGAAGUAUUCAUUCCUUUUGAAUUAUCUGUAUCCAUUUAUGAGUUUGAUAAAGUUCUGGUUAACUUCUUGUUUAAAGGAUCUUGAUUACGUAUUGAUUCGGAUUAAUGAAAACCUACAGCGAUCUAUAGCCAGUAUAGGUGUGAAACCAAUUUUGGCUGAUAUCACCAAGCUACCGAUGGUCAGGAUGCAGGAUACAGUGUACAUCAUUCAACAUCCAGAAGGAAUGAAGAAACAUUUGAGUCAGGACACAGUCAGGCGUGUGAACAAACCAUUUAUAGAAUACUAUGCUGAUACACUGCGGGGAUCCUCUGGAUCCCCUGUCUUUGUGUUAAACAAAUCUAAAUUGUCACUGGUUGCGUUGCACAGCAAGGGUGUGCUGUCAUACAGUGAGAGUAACUGGAAUAAAGGUGUGCUUCUUUCAGAGAUAUUAGAUCAUCUCCAUACAGGAAAGGGUAAGAUUUAUUGCUUCUUGAAAUAUAAUGCACUUAACAUCAUGAAAUAUUGACAGGAGUACACUGUACUUUUGCCCUAGUGUGACAGAUCUUUUGCCCUAGUUCUGCAGAUCAGGUGCUUGUUGGCAGGUUAGGUUGCGUUGUGUGGUGAAUCCCGCGCGCUGACAACUCUUUUUCUAUGAAUGUGUCUUGCCUAGGAUUAAAUCUCAAAUGUAGAAGUCCAGUUUAUGAGUAUCUGCAACAAGAUUUUGUUCGGGUGUGUUUGGAUGGUGUACCAGUGAAAGAUAAAAACACUUGUACAGUAACUUCCGAAUGAAGGGCAUUCGCUCGAAACAUCGAAGUGCGUUUAAUCUUUUCCAGGUGAACCUAUAUAGUCGAACCCAAUUGGGCUAAUAUCAGAUAUUAUCUUAUAGUUACAAAGCCUACUUUUUCACCGCCUGGUGUUCCUGAUCAAAUAGAAAGUGGUGUCCUUGGUAAGUUUAUCAGUAUUUUUCAAAAAUGUUUUGUGAAAAUAUACUAUUAAUAUUCUUUAAAAGUACUGUACUGUACAUUUAUUUGCUCAAUGUAUUUUAAGUAAACCAGCAAUAUAAAAGAGUAUGUGGUUUUGAGGGCAUUAGAGAUCAACAUAGCAAAAGACAAAUUUCAAUCUUAUUAUUCAGGGUAUAACAAUACUACGAUGUUCAGUUUCCAAUACUACAACUUUAAUGAUGUUAGGUAAUAAUGUUUACUAAUACUCACUAAUAACUGUAAAUUGCUAAAGGUACCAAAGACCCUUCUAAACAAGUCACAAGAGAAGAUAUCAUGUAUAUAGCUAAAGAUAUCACGGAUGUGUGGGAAGAACUUGGCAGGGUACUUGGACACUCGGACAGUACUUUAAAAAUUAUAAACGCAGAUAAUUCUAACAAGAUUUACAACAAAUGCUACGAGAUGCUGAUCAAAUGGACACAAAUAAAGGUAUCGAAAGCGACCUAUGGUGUCCUAGCGGCAGGCUUUGUUCAUCCAGCUGUAGAUAGGCCUGACUUAGUUACGAA